AUGGUUAGGAAAGUGUCAUCUAAGUGUAAUGUGUGUGUGUCUGUCUGUCCUUGCGUGUCAGGCGAGGUGCUGCAGCCGGUGACGGACGUGGACAUCCCUCAGCAGCUGGUGGAGCGGCUGCAGGAGGAGAAGAGGGUGGAGGCCCAGAAGAGGAAGGAGAGGCAGGAGGCCCACCUCUACAUGCAAGUACAGAUGGUGACGGAGGACCAGUUUUGCGGCCACCAGGGCAACGACAUGUACGACGAGGAGAAAGUCAAGUACACAGUGUUCAAGGUGCUCAAGAGCUCCACGCUAGCAGAGUUCGUCCAGAACCUGUCCCAAACCAUGGGCUUCCCACAGGACCAGAUGAGGCUGUGGCCAAUGCAGGCCCGGAGCAACGGCACCAAGAGGCCCGCCAUGCUCGACUACGAGGCCGACUGCAACAAGUCUAUGAUUGACUUGAGUGACAACGAGAACCCGUGGACAAUAUUUCUGGAGACGGCGGCCAGCGGAGCAACGUUACCCAAGUUCGACAAAGACCAUGAUGUCAUGUUGUUCUUGAAGAUGUAUGAUCCAAAAACCAGAAGCUUAAAUUAUUGUGGACAUAUCUACACACCUGUAUCCUGUAAAAUACGAGACCUGCUGCCUGUCAUGUGUGAAAGAGCAGGGUUCCAGCAGGGAACUAGUCUUAUCCUCUAUGAGGAAAUUAAACGGAAUUUAACAGAGAGAAUACAAGACUAUGAUGUCUGCUUGGACAAGGCUCUGGAUGAGUUAAUGGAUGCAGACAUCAUUGUGUUCCAGAAGGAUGACCCAGAGAAUGACACCAGUGAGCUGCCCACUGCGAAGGACUACUUCAGAGACCUGUACCAUCGCGUGGACGUCAUCUUCUGCGACAAAACCAUCCACAACGACCCCGGCUUUGUCGUCACACUGUCAAACAGAAUGAAUUACUUCCAGGUGGCCAAGACUGUAGCACAGAGGUUAAACACUGACCCUAUGCUCCUGCAGUUCUUCAAGUCCCAGGGGUACAGAGAUGGCCCAGGAAACCCGCUCAGGCACAACUAUGAAGGCACUCUCCGAGACCUGCUGCAGUUCUUCAAGCCACGACAGACCAAGAAACUCUACUACCAGCAGCUCAAGAUGAAGAUCACAGACUUCAAGAACAGUCACUAGACCCAGGCCCACGAUGUCAUUUUGACGGCCCUCGGCCAGGGCGGUUCUAAGGGGUGGCAGGGGAGGUUGGCAUUUGCCAGAAAUAUGAUAUGCCAGUCCAGGUGCCCCCUCAGAUAUAAUAGACCCAUGAAAUCGUAAAUAGCGGUUCAACAAAACAUCGUUUUUUCCCCACACACUCUUUGAUGCAUGUUUGUAUAGACAUCAUGGCUGUGAACUGGGACAUGUGGGGGAACCAUUUGAAAGCUCAUAUUCUCCUCUUUCCGAUGGUACAGGUAUGCAUGAUAUUCAGUUGCCACGUACAUUACGACAACAAUGACACAUAGAAGCAGAGGUGUGCUUUUAUAUCCUGAGGAUUGGAAAAGGUCUCAGAGAAAAUGCACUGUAUUUCAUUCAUUUGGUUUUCCUUUUCCAAGUUAAAUGUGUACCAAUGGAGAUUUGUAAGUAUAUGCCUAUGCUCUAUAGUCCAUGUGAUAAAUAUAUAGAUUUGUUUUGAUAGGCUACAUGGAGAUUAAUGUUAAACUUUAUGGUUAAUUCCUGAGACUUCAUUUUAUUCCUCCUGUAAAUUCUGCUAAUUUUUAAGGCCAAAAUAUUCACUGGCAUGUGCUAAUUGCUGUCUUUGUGGUGGAAUGGUGCUGUUGGUGAUUCUGUAGAGUAGCCAGUGAGUAGCCACUAAGCACAUUAUUGUUACUACCAAUAAAUAUUUCAAGAAGA